AUGCUGCGUUCUUUUCGAACAGGUGUUCAUCAAAUUGGUCGAGGUUUAGCAUCAAAGACCCCCGAACACAUUCCAAGCACGUUGAGUCUUGAGAAGGCGACGAUUUCGGAUCUUCCUGCUCUCUCGCGGCUUUUCCUCUCAAAUUUCGUCCACGAUGAGCCACACGCUAGGGCUCUGCGAAUGGGCAAUGAGGCGGCGCCACUGUUUGAAGCGAUUGCCGGCUCGUGUCUCAAACAGCCUUAUUCCCUGAAACUCACCGACAACGCUCAAUCACAUAAGUUGAUUGGCUUUCGACUCUUGGGCAUUGGUCAUCGGGAUUCGUCAAAAGAUCCUUACCCCGUUGAAGUCGACAUUCGUGCUCCCAAUGUUUUAACAUUUGCCAAGCUGAUGUCAGAGUCAAAAAAGCUUUGGCUUGACGCGUUGCCGCAUGUGAAUAAGGUGCUUAGACGUGAGAUUUCAUACGUGAUGCCAGCUUAUCAAAGAAAAGGAAUCGGCGCCUAUAUGCUUCAUUACGGUCUCAACUUUGAGAAACUCAAGAGCGACGGUGUGCAAGGAAUUGUUUCUGAAGCCACCUCACUCGCCAAUCAACGUCUUCUCUCUCUCAAUGGAUAUAAAGAGGUUGCCGUACUUCCUGACAGUGCCUACGAAAAUCUGAAUUUGCAAUUCGAGAAUGGCACUCGCAAUAUCAAGGCCUACUACUUGGAGUUGAAA